UCUGAAAAAGUAACUUUUAUUAUCCAUUUUUUCAUUAGUGUUCGCUGCGGAAAAGAAGUCGCCCCUUUUUGCACCUACAAACUUUACCUAGCCUUGUCUAAUCCUCUAUAUGGCGUUUUGCAUCGCGAUGCCCCGGUAACAAACAGAUUCAUCAGAAGAGCCUCAAUUUGUGCUGAAGCGUUCAAUCCCGAUGACAACGGUGAGGAUAAAGAGCCAUGGGUCAUCCACCCCAAAACCGAUGACCAGAGACUGAGACUACAGGAAGCAUGUUGGGACAUUCUUCUCUUCAAGAAUUUGGAUCCGGAAGAGAUGUCUCAGGUGCUGGAUGCUACGUUUGAGAAGUUCUGCACUGAAGGGGAGCACAUCAUCGAUCAAGACGAGGAUGGAGACAACUUUUAUUUUAUUGAAAGCGGGACGUUUAAGAUCUUCGUGAAGGUCGAUGGCACGGAUAAGCUGGUAGGCUGCUAUGACAACCGAGGCAGCUUUGGAGAACUGGCGCUGAUGUACAACACCCCCAGGGCAGCCACAAUAAUUGCUACCUCUCCUGGAGCCCUUUGGUGCCUUUAUCGUCUGACAUUCCGGAGGAUUAUAGUGAAGAACAAUGCCAAGAAAAGGAGGCUGUAUGAGGAGUUCAUUGAAACGCUACCACUGCUUACAUCUUUAGAGCUCUCAGAGAGAAUGAAAGUAGUGGACGUCAUUUCAACCAAGAUUUACAGCGAUUCGCAGCAGAUUAUUGCUCAGGCUGAUUUAGCAGAUUGCUUCUACAUUGUUGAGUCUGGCCAAGUUAGAAUCACCAUGAAAAGAAGCAGGACGAAAAAAGACCAGGAGGAUGAGGAGGUGGAUAUUGCCACGUGCAUGAGGGGCCAGUAUUUCGGGGAGCUAGCGCUCAUCACAAACAAGCCUAGAGCUGCAUCAGCAUAUGCAGUGGGAAGCGUCAAAUGCUUAGCCAUGGACGUCCAAGCCUUUGAGACAUUGCUGGGUCCUUGCAUGGACAUCAUGAAGAGAAACAUAGCUAACUAUGAGGAGCAGCUGGUGACCCUGUUUGGAAGUAGCACUGAGAUUGAGCAACAAAGUGCGUGAGACAGUUCCAAAGGAGAUAAUCCUAGAAAAGCAAUCGAGCUGAUCCAAGCAGUGGAGCGGGCUCUUAGUAACCUUGUGAUCCUGGGAGAAGAGGCGGUUCUAAGGAACCGUUGGGUAGCACAGUCACUUGAAAGCAAGCUACCAAGCUCUCUGAAGGAGAAAUGGAUUAAGCACAAGACCAUGCCUGUGAGCAGUUUUGCUCCACAUAACCACUUUGACUGCUUACUGCGCUUCCUGAAGAAGCAGGAAGCAAUCCUGGAGGAGCUGGAUCAGCUGGAGCCAAACCCAAGAGAAGGAAGCAAACGGUGGGAUGGCCCAAUCUGGUACAUCAGCCAUUUGGUUGCCCCAAAUCCUCAUUCUAGCUCUACGCCAGUGAGGAUAGUCUGGAACAGUAGCCAGGAGUUUAAAGGGUUGAGCCUGAAUAACCUCCUGCACAAAGGCCCUGAUGUCCUCAACCCAAUUCGAGGUGUCCUGCUAAGAUUUAGGAGCAGACUGUAUGCUGCUCUUGGCGAUGUAAAGAAAAUGUAUAAUUCUGUGUGGCUGAAGGACGAAGAGGUCCACCUCCAUCGAUUCCUCUGGAGGGAUAACCCCGAAGAUGAAAUCGGUGUGUUUGCCAUUGUCCGGGUCAACAUCGGCGACAAGCCUGCCGGGUGCAUCGCUCAGGUUGCCAUGAGAGAAACGGCAAACCUGCCCCAGUUUUCAUCCAUGGUUGAAGAGCGCCGAAUCUUGACAGAGGACUGCUAUGUGGACGAUGUUCUAACAUCGCAUAAUGAUCUCCAAACUCUGGUUAGGAUGACCGAAGGAGUGGAAGAAAUCCCAAGAGCAGGUGGCUUUUCCCUCAAGCCAUGGGUCCUGACAGGCCAAAGUGGGAGGAGUGAGAAACUCACUGACCCCAGCAAUGUCAGGUCAACAGAGCCCAAGACCCUGAUACUACCCAACCAGAUGCGGGACGAGGAGAAUAAGGCAUUGGGAUUGGGAUAUGAACCCGAAUCUGACAAACUCUGUGUGCUGACGUCUGUGAACUUCUCAAGGAGACGAGGAAAGAUGAGGACCUGUCUGGAUCUACGAGAGGAUGAGGUCAGAGGCGGCACCCCCAACCCUCUCACUCAACGCAUGCUGCUGAGUCAGAUCGCAUGA